UUUGCAAGACACAGCAGAUAUGACUAGAAUUACUGCAAUAGAAUAAACCCAAGACUGUUUUGUUGCCCUAAUAUCCUGACAUGUAUCCAAAUAUAUUUUGUUUCCUUCUUAAAACAUGCUGCAGAGAACAUUUCUUUCUCAACUGACUGAAAGCCGUGAUGUCACCAGUGAAGUCGUCAACAAUUUCUACUCUCGAAAGAUGGAGGAAUGUCCCAAUUGAGUUGAAGGCCUUUUAAAGAUGGGUUCAUUUUUCUCAGAUAUAAAGUAAUUAAGCUGCCAACAGUAGAUUUAUGGUAUUUGUGUUCCUUAACGGCGGGAAGUCUUGUCCUUAAAGUCCAGCCAGUGGCAGGAAGACCUGCUGCUCUGGUGGAAACUCACCCCAACUUGUCUACGUCCACGCUGUGACAAAACAAAAGGACCAUACUUCAACUUAACUGCCUGAGGACCAAAAAGCCCCGGCAUUUUCAAUAUCUUGAAGCUACGGUCUUCUCCAUGUUUUCUGGUUCCCCGGAAAGCCUCCUUUCCAGGCCACCCUGCCUGAUGACGACAGUUUUGCUCUUCUAGCCUAAUGGAGUUCACCACUAAGGAGAGGGGGACAUUCGCCAGAUGCACUCCAGCUUCCUCCAGCACUUCUCUGUGAGCACAUUGCUCUCAUGUCUCCCUGUCAAGGACAUAAAUCAGGGCCAUAUUUACCAAGGAGUCACCUGUGUGGCUCUUCUUUAAUUCUAAAGGUAAGGUUCUAUUUCUCACAAUUAUGGUCAUGGCACAAAAAAGAUAACACUCUUCCUAGUCUAGAUAUUUCCAUAUCUGGACAUACUAAAAAUGACUUAGUACACCCCAUGAUUUAACAGCUUCAGCAGCAAUAACUCUCCGUGGUUAUUUACCAUGUGACUUUUUCAGCCUUUCAGAUCGCUGCAAAGAGGUUUGGACGCACUCUUCUUUACAGCAUAGCUUCAGUUCCCUGAGGGCUCCAAAGAUUUCAUACCUCAAGCAACCCCAAAUAAUCACACCUCCACCACCAUGGUUUACAGUUCGCAAAAGAUGUUGGUGCUGAUAUGUUGUUCUUGGUUUUUGGCAAACAUGAUGCUGUGUGUUUUUAACAAACAUUUCUACUAUGGUCUAAUCUUCUCGAAAACAGGCAGCGGCUCAUGCUAGCAUAUUCUUUUCACUAUAAAUGUGCAGAGAAAUCGGCAGACAGCAUCUACCUUUACUGGUGACCGAACAAUCAAUAAGUAAAAAAUCUUUUUCGAAUUAGUGAACCUAACAACACUUUCCGGUAUUUAUUUUGUAACUGAAAGACAAAAGACAUAAAGUUAGCUAUUUUGAGCACCAUUGAGGUUCUUAAAAGGAAGUCAGAUAAAGCUGUUCAAGAGAAAAUUAUUUCUAUGACAUAUCGGGACAUGUUUUCAGUUCAUUCAGGCUCCAUAAGAGCAGGAGAGAGUGCCUUUUUAGCAGAUAACAGAAAGGAUGACUAAAUGACAGCAGAAUUGCUUUGUUUGGUCCUAAUCGCUAAUAUCUGAUCCUAAAGACAAUUUCAUCAGUGGAGUUUUGUCUUUAUUUUAUGAUAUUAGUACAACCCUGUUUUACAGCAACUACGUUGUCAGGUCACCUCUUUCUUUUAGUUAUUAAAGGGCUGUGCUAUCCUUUUUCAUUUUUUGAGGAUAGAUUGAACAGUGCUCUCAUGUUCAACAAGAGGAUCUGUAUUGAAAGUGCCGACGGUUGUAAUGAGAUGAGCACAAACUAUCGGUAGCAAAUAAAUGCAAAAAACAAAGAUUUUCAACAAUCCCAAAGCCCUCUUGGAGCAGAUUUUCUGGUUAUACACUUAAAACUUUGUCCACACUUAAGAAUUACAUGCAAAACCUGCUCUGACAGACAUUAUUACCAUGAUUAAGCAGAAGAAAGUGACACAAUUGGGGUCUUUAGAAUUUGAUCACGCCCAAGACUUGUAUUGCUUUCUGUGGAGGGUUUUAGCUCUCUCCACAGAAACGGAUCAAUUCGUUUGUGAUCAGAGUUUGUCCUUUAUGUUUUGAGGAAAAAAAGGUGUUGCUGGGUAUUAUUUAUUUGGAAUAACAAAACAACAUUGAUUACAGCAGCAUGGCACUCAUUACUCAAAGGUUUAUGAUUCUGUUGUUAAAAAUCACAACAAAUUGAGAAAAAUGAAAUUUCCAAGAGAAAACAGUCCUCUCUUAUGAUAUUCACCCAUUCAUUACCUUCUAAUGAAUGGUGUUUCUGAAUAAUUUUGAAUAAAGCAGGAUAAUGAGGCUGAGUUUUAAUAAGGCUGCUGUGCCUGUAACUAUGUGAAAACCUUUAUUUCCUAAAAUAAUAAAGCCUGAUUUUUUUCCACUAGCUGGAAGCUGGUUUCUACAAUCCAGACAGUGCUGCUUCUGCUUCAGAAUACUAUUAAAUGUUGGAUAGCUGUAGUAUGAUGAGAGAAACAUGAGGCCUGAUGAUUUGCCUGCUGGUAUCAUGUGUUAGUUUUAUAUCAGUUUAAAUAAAAAAAGUUGUUUGUCUUGUCAGUCUACAAAAUAUUAUAUAUAUAUAUAUAUAUAUAUAUAUAUAUAUAAGUAUUGUGGCAUUAUUCAGGCCUCAAUGUGGCUAUUAAAAUUAAACUCACCUUUUGAACAACUGUGGUUAAUCAUAGUUAAUUCACAAUUUAAUAAGAGUUGAUUACUUUUUCAUGUUUGAGCAGGUUGCCUCAGGUAACUCCUUGCUUUUAAAUAAAUUAAAUCAUUAUUAGAAAACAGCACCUUUGUAUUACUCAGGUUAUGAUUGUCUGAUAUUAAGAUUUGUUAAGUGAUGUGAAAUAUUUAAGUGCGACAAAAAAGAAAGAACUAAAGUCAUUUAUAAGCGAGUAAACACUUUUUCACAGCAUUAAAUGUUGCAACUCGUCUGUACCAAACUACAGUGCUCUACAGCUUACAUGAAUGCUCAUUUUACCAGUUUUAAAGGUGUUCCUGUGACUUGCUCAAAGUAACUGGUGUGUAUUUAGCGAUUUGCUCUUCUAUGCUCCUAGAUUCAGGUUUUGUUUUUAUUUUUUCCCAUGUUGUUUGUAACUCUCCAUAAAUGCAUCUCUACACUCUGGAUCUUCAUUUCUGCAACCAGGAAAGAAACCUUAUGGAAAUUUGAAUGCCUUCUGUAGUCCUUCAUCACAGGAACAUGACAAUGACCAGACACUCACACCUUUACCCUCCAUGCAUUCAACAGUAUUCUGCCAACACCAGUUUUCCCAGCUAGACCUGCCUGGUGAGUUUGGCCCCACCCAUCUUUUCUUCUUGCUUUUUCUCACCCGAGACACAGCAUUUCCCUCCUGAGAAUCCAUACGGUACCCAGCCUUCCUUCAUAUUUGGAUUGUUCUCCUCCACUCUGCUGCCUGGAAUCUUGAGAAAUCUCAACUAAACAUCUCUGAACUUUCCUUUUCUGCCUCGGAUUGUGUUUGGCUGCAUCACCAUGAGUGCAAAGCUGUGGACAGAGGAGCAGUUUAACUGUCCCGUGUGUCUGGAUCUCCCAAAUGAUCCGGUCACCAUACCCUGUGGACACAGCUACUGCAUGGCCUGCAUUAAGGACUUUUGGAGCAAGGAUGACCCCAAAGGGAUCUAUAGCUGUCCCCAGUGCCGGCAGACCUUCUGUCCCAAGCCCCCCUUGUCCAGAAACACCAUGCUGGCCGAGGCUGUGGAGCAGCUCCGCAAAGGGGCCCUUAAAUCAGAAGUGCGGGAUUCUAUUCGAAGCGCUCGCGGGUUGUCCUCUACACCCAAAUCCAAACUGUCCACCACAGCUGUUCUGUGUGACAUGUGCAAAGGAGAGCAACGUGCUGCCCUGAAGAGCUGCCUGGUGUGUAUGAGCUCCUUCUGCGAGACCCACCUGAAGCCCCAUCAGACCAAAAAGUCUCUCAAGCAGCAUGAGCUCAUCCCGCCGACCAGCAAUCUGGCAGAGAAGAUCUGCACCCAGCACAAGUACCUGCAGGAGUUCUUCUGUCGCCAGUGCAAGAUGUUUGUCUGCUGGCUGUGCACCAGCAAUCAACAUAAAGACCACGAGUGUGUGUCCACCAAGGCUGAACGACUGGAGAGACAGAAGCUACUGUCAGAAAUCCAAGCAGAGAACCAGCUGAGGCUGAAAGACAGGGAGCGGGAGCUACAAGAUAUGAAAAAGAUGAUGGAGGGGGUUAAGGGUUCAGCGGACAAGGUUCAUGAUGACACAGAAAGCGUUCUGGGGGAGCUGCAGCGCUCUGUGGAGCGUUUGCAGGAGCUGCUAGAGGAGGUGUUGGAUCAGGCCAGCCUGGAGAAGAUGAACCAGGCCCAGGAGGUCGCAGACAGCCUGGAGGCUGAGAUCAAGGAGAGAAAGAAGAGGGACACAGAGAUGAGGGACCUGGCAAGCUGUGAAGACAACAUCUUCUACCUGCAGACAUGCGAUGCCAUGAGCAAUCCCCUUGAAUGCAGCGACCUGCCGACCGUGCAGGUCAAUUCUGAUGCCACCUUUGACCCUGUUCGAGAAGCAGUCCUGGCCCUCAGGGACCGAGUGGAGGAUCUGUGCAAUCACGAGCUGGGGAAGAUCACCAAACAAGUCAAUGACACCAAACUGUUUACUCUGGGAAACUCCAGCCGCCUUGGAGCGAAAGGAGGGAUUCUUAAAUUGUUUUCUGGCCGGGGUAACCGCAACUCAAACAACCGCUCCUCAUCUCCCAGCAUUUCAAUGGGUCUCCGAGGUACAGACCGACAAGGACUAGGCCUCAGAGGUCCCGACGUGAGGAGCAGGGACGCACCUCGAGACAGAGGAAACACAAGCUCGCCCAGACUGGGGAACAGACGGAGAAGAGAGGAGAGAGAGACUGAAAGUGAGUCAAACCCCAGUCCCAGCCCCACCCCCAGUCGCAGAGGGGCUCAUUCUCUCUGGAGCAGGUCCAGUCAGAACCCGGUCGCCCCUGGCACAGCCACGACUCCAAUCCCAGCCACUCCUGUGACUGCUCCAGCACCAGCACCAACAAAUGCUUUCAGCCGGAUGGCGUCGAUCAGCAGCCUGUUCCGCUCACACCGACAAAGGGCCAGCCAGGCCACCCCAGUUAAUAACACGGCACCUGCAGAAGGGAACCCAUGGGGAAUGGUGGCUGUGUCUGAAACACCAACAGAGAUAAACCCAAGUUUGUUUCUGGACACCCCGCUGCCAGAUGCCAUGACCCAAUCUCCAGCUUUCCCUGCAUUGAGAGAAAUCAACAUUGACAGCAUUCAGGCGCCAGAACCAAGAACCAGAGAGGAGUUUCUUCAAUAUUCUGUGAUUCUGACCCUUGACCCCAACACAGCUCACAAACGGUUGGUUCUCUCCGAAGGCAACACUAAGGCAACACUGCAGGGGCCAACGCAGCCUUACUGCGACACCCCCCAGCGUUUUGACGGCUGGACCCAAGUGAUGUGCCAGAGCCCGCUGCACGCCCAGCGCUCCUACUGGGAGGCGGAGUGGAGAGGCCGGGGCUCCUCCAUGGGGGUAGCCUACGGGGCGUUGAGCAGGAAGGGCACCGAUGCCCGGUCUGGCCUUGGUUACAACGCCCAGUCCUGGACGCUGGAGCUGUCAGACACCUGCUGCUCAGCCAUGCAUGACAACCAAAAGAGGGACAUUCCUGUCACCUACUCACCCCGUCUGGGCAUCUAUGUGGAUCUGUCUGCAGGAACACUGGCGUUCUACAGCGUGGCAGACAACAUGACACACCUACACAGCUUCCGGGCGAACUUCACCCAGCCUCUUUAUGCUACGUUCGGAGUAGGGAGUGGGGUCGGGGUGGGUCUGGACUUCGCCCUAGGGCAGUUUACAUCUAGCUCUGAUACCAUUAAGAUUUGCCCUCUAUGAGGCUGCAGGCUGGAGUGCUACAUCUCCUGGAUGAGGAUUUCUAAACUGUGAAGUAAUGUUAUCUAGAGUCUAGUUGCAAGAUUUCUUUCUGGACUCCAGCAUUCACAACUUCUUGCAAUCUGCCUUCAAAUUCUUAUGUGGUAGAUCAACACAAAGGGCUGCAUAAUUGCAGAGUGGAAGACAAAUUUGCAAAUAAAAGUCUUAAAAGUGUGGAAUGCAUUUGUAAGUCAAAUCUUUGUGGAACCACAUAACCAAGUUUUUUGGGGUAUAAAUCUACGAGCUUUGCCCAUCUAGAGAACAAACCUUUUUGGCAUUUUACUUUUCAAAAUAGCUCUAGCUAAAGGAUAGAUUGUUUGGAGAGGGUCUAUGAACAAGCCUGGCCACAGAUUCUCAACUGGAUUUAGUUUUGUACUCUGACUACGCCAUUUAAACACAUUAUGGUUUGAUCCUAACCUGCUGAAAAGUGAACCUGUGCCCCAGUCUCAGGCUUUUUGCAGCAUCUAAGAUUUUCUUCCAACAUCUGUUUCUGGUAAAACAAAAACUCAUUCCCACAGCAUGAUGGUGCCACCACCAUGUAUCAUGCUGGGAAUUAGGUUUUUUAGGGUGCAUUUUCAAUGUUCCUCCAGUGUUUGCUUUCUUUGCAGCCACCAAGUGGUUUUCUUCCAGGAUUUCACUAUUUAGCUCCACCCUUCUUCCCACCAAGUAUAACCUCCUAAACCAUCCCCAAGGCAAGCUGCCACCCUGCUUUAUCUUGUUCAUAAAGUUCAAAGGAUUACGUUUUUCUUCUUCCUCAGUCAAACCUAUCACAAUAAACCAGAGAUAUUAUUUUAAUUUCAAUAGCUUUAUUUUACAAAAGAGGCAAUAACAUAGGAUCCUGAUUACAGCUGGGAAACACAAGGAAGUUCUGUAUUAUUUAUGUCCACCAAAAGCCACGAACCUGAACUUUCAGUGUUACAAGGAAAACAGGAUAUGGCAACAACAACAACAAAUCUAAAAGAUACAGUCACUCGAUGAGUCUUCAUUCUCUUUCAUCGUACAUUUAUACACCUUUUUCUUUUUCACAAUGCUUCAUUUAAACAUGUGCAAGCCAGAAUAUUUGUUCUAACAAAAAUAAAGUUUUUUACGUUAAGAUGGAUUUCCUUUGUGUGGAAACAAAUUGCAACAUAAAUUAAAUUAUUAGCUUAUAUUGUUACCAGACACACCAAAUGUUUUCAUUAAUGCCAGGAUUUAAAUACUUUAAACAGUAAUCAGUAAAAGGUUAGCCAUAAAACAGAAGAGCAGAUGCAAGUUAAGGUUUAGGCUUUUAAAGAGAAUGGCUGAUUUCAAGUACUUUGUAGAUGUGAAAUGCUCCCACCUG